AUGGUUUCUUUGCUCGACUCUUUCCAAACAGCGUUGGACAAAAGAGAAGCGAGGUCGGCACGUCGGAGACUCACUGUCUCUCCAACCGCCACCGCUGAUUUUUCGUCUAAUGAUUUUCUGUCGCUUUCACGAUCUCCCCUCCUGAGGUCACAGUUUCUACAGAAUCUGAACGCUUCUUACAGCAGUAGUUCUCCGAGCAAACCUCCGCCUUCGCUCGGGAGUGGAGGCUCUCGUUUGUUGGAUGGUAACUCAAGAUACGCCGAGGAACUAGAGAAAUUCAUUGCUGGCUUUCACAAUGCAUCCGAUGGACUACUGUUUAAUUCUGGCUUUGAUGCCAAUGUCGGGGUUUUCUCAUGUCUUCCCCAGCCAGGAGACAUCAUCAUACAUGACGAAUUGAUACAUGCCAGUGUACACGAGGGUAUGCGGCUCUCUCGCGCCAGGGUGAAAAUGCAGUUUGCGCAUAAUUCAGUAUCUGACUUGGAGAGAGUGAUAAAAAAGGCUACCAACGACGAGGCAACUCGGCAUGCGUACAAUGUCUUCAUUGCCGUUGAAACCCUCUACAGUAUGGACGGAGAUACCGCACCUUUAAAAGAUAUCAUUCGGUUGGUUGAAGGAUUGUUUCCGAAAAAGAAUGCAUAUCUGAUCGUGGAUGAAGCACACGCCACAGGGGUGUUUGGGUAUAAUGGAGCUGGAGUCGCCCAGGAUUUAGGCGUCGAGGACAAAAUCUUUAUCCGGACACAUACAUUUGGAAAGUCGCUGGCGAGUCAAGGUGCAAUAGUUUUAUGUGAUUCUUUAACCAAAGAGUACCUGAUAAACUACGCUCGUACCUUGAUCUACACUACGGCAAUGAGUAUGCCCUCACUGAUAGCCAUUCGCUCCGCCUAUGAAGUGAUGGCAGAAGGGAAAACACGAUCGUUACAAUCAAAUCUACAGUCUAAUAUCGCAUACUUUCAAUCACGCUGCGACGAAUUGAAAGGCACCAUUGCAUCGUCACUCGUGCAUAUAGACUACAAUGAUCGAUCGCCAAUUUUCUCGGUUCGAACAAAAGUCCCACGAGAGCUUGCUCGGCAUUGUCAAGAGCGUGGACUUCUUGUUCGACCGAUCAUGGCACCAACGGUACCCCUUGGAAGGGAGCGAGUACGUGUCUGUUUGCAUGCUGGUAACACACGACAGGAGAUGGACAGGUUGUUGAAUACAAUCAAACAAUGGGCUGUCGAGCAACAUCAGCCGAUAUCUAGAUUGUAAGUAUUAAAAAAAGAAAAUUGAGGUUUCGAUUCAUUCACAAUGUCCAACUGCCCAGGUGGAACUGUAUUGGAUCAUCAUCUAAAUUGUAACAUUUCUGGUUAAAAUAACGAGCACUAAGGUCUGCAACGGCCAAGCCCUUAGAAGUCCAUAUAGUUGGAGAGUUCAAUUCUAUUUCACCCGUUAUUUAGAACUCGUACGACUACGGUAGACUCGCGACAUGUCUAUAGCCUCGCUGCGACCAGUUCACUGUCGCUUUCUGGAAUCAUGGCCGACUUUUCGUUCUUCCCUCCCUUAUCUUCAAAGCUCUUCAUUGGAUAAAACCCCCAUCUCUGAAACAUUUCGUGGUCUUGAUCCCAGCCAUUGCAGUCUGUCGUAAGCAUCUUCUCCCCUGUGAACACUGCAUUGGCACCGGCCAUGAAGCAGCUCACUUGCUGCUCCUCCGACAGGUUGAUACGACCAGCCGCAAGUCGCACGAUGGUGGCAGGGAGGACAAUACGUGCGGUAGCAAUGGUUCGAAGUAACUUAUCAAAUGAAAUCAUUUUACGGUCUCCCAGAGGGGUCCCCUUGAUGGGCACGAGAGCAUUGACGGGAAACGACUCAGGGUGUGAGGGCAAGGUGGCGACAGUGUGCAGCAGUCCGAUACGGUCCGAGUCCGCCUCUCCCAACCCUAAGAUCCCGCCAGAGCAUACAUUGAUACCAGCGUCACGAACGUUGCUAAGUGUUUGAAGUCGCUCAUCAUAGCUGCGUGACGUAAUGAUAGACGGAUAGUACUCCCGCGACGUAUCAAGGUUAUGAUUGUACGCUGUCAAUCCAGCGUCUUUCAAUUCCUUGGCUUGUUCGGAAUCGAUCAUUCCCAGCGUAACACAGACCUCCAUUCCCAUUGAUCGCACGCCAGUGACCAUCUCUUUUAUAUUCUUGAGACUCGUCUUUCGGCCUCUCAUAUCGCGCCAUGCAGCGCCCAUACAAAACCGAGUACUGCCAUUUUCCUUGGCGAUUCUAGCCGCUCGCAAGACGUCCUCGACAGGCGAUAAUUUCGUAGCCUUGAGACCAGUGCUAUAUCGAGAAGAUUGAGCGCAGUAGGAACAGUCUUCACUACAGCCACCCGUUUUAAUGUUCAUAAGAGUGCACAUUUGGAUAGCGGCAGGGUCAUGAAAGCGAC